AUGAACAUGAGCACUGCCGACAGAAAAGAAGACCAGGAGGUCCUCGGCACCGGACUACACAAAGCCGCAUCAGAAGGUGACCUAGCCACUGCAAAAUCCCUUCUCGAUAAGGGAGCGGAUCCAAAUCACCAAGAUGACAAGGGUAUUUCGCCUCUUCACCUCGCAGCACAAAAAGGACACUGGAAUAUAGCGAGACUGCUACUAGAGAGAAACGCAUCUCUAUCCGUCUUGGACGGAGACUCUAUCCCACCAAUAAUCGAUGCCGCGAAAAACGGACAUCUUGAAAUCGUUCGAUUAUUAGUUGAAUGUGACCCGAAGACCAAAUACAGCUCAAAUCAAUUCUGGGAAACACCCCUUCUCAUCGCCGCUGAUCGGGGUGAUAUCAACAUGGUACGAUUUCUCCUCGACGUAAAGUCUCUGACAACGUCCUCCAAUCGUCUUCGUCAGACCGCUUUGCACUUAGCUGUGAAGAAGGGAUAUAUUGAAAUAUGUGAACUUUUGCUCGAAUAUGAUAAGCGAAAUGGGCCGAAUGUUUAUUGGAGAAUGUGGGGAAUUAAACCUCAAGCUCAGGUUAAAGGGAGAGGAGAAGGCAUGCAGGGAACACCACUUGCUAUUGCUGUGCAUGAUGGGUUAGUAAAUAUGGUUGAGCUUCUCCUGCGCAGCAAGUUCUUUUCCCCAGAUGCCCUGAAUGCGGAUAAGAGGUUGUUGUUUCAUGAUGCUGUGGAGGCUUCGAAUCGGGAGAUUGUUGAGAUAUUCCUGAAAUUCGGAGUGUCGGUUGAUAUUAAAGGCUUGCAUAAGAGAAGGGCGCUUCAUAUUGCUGCUAGGAAGGGCGAUGUUAAGAUGGUGAAACUGCUUUUGGAACAUGGAGCUUCGGUUAAGACAAAAGAUCAUGUUGGAGCAACUCCAGAGAAUGACUCUACCAGUUCUGAAAUCACAAUGAUUCUGAGGAAUCAUGGGAUGGAUAAAGGGGAAGGGAAAUGGAAAACAGGUAGUAACCUCACAUGUACUUUCGCCUCCGCCUGA